GCCCUCCCCAUUCCGCCGUUGCCCCGCCUGCCACUUCUCCGACCUGACCUGCGGUGGCAGGGAACCCGGUGGGGAAGAAUUGGGGUUGCGGACCGCUGCAGUUUCUGACUGGCAGCUCAAGUCCCGCCAAGUGAGCUUGGCGUCUCGCCUGUCCUAGCGUCCCCUCUCAAGAUAGGUACCAUUUCCGCCAGGAGCACACCUCCCACCAAUGCCUUCGCUAGCUCCUCAACCCCUUCCCACACACCCGGGCUCCCAGCCAGCUCCUCACACCGUGCAGAAGCAGGACUGUGGAAGUAGAGGGACCUUGACCCAGCAUGGGCUAGGGACCAAGUGAGGCAGUCCAGAAAAGGGGAGACUGUACAAACAGAUGUAAAGACCGAUUAACAGCAUUAUGAACUUGUCUGCCAGGCUGGGACGGGAUAUGAAGUGUGAAGAAUCCAGUUGCAACCAAAUGGUGUACAACAAAAAUGCUAUCUCAGUACUGUUUUGUGUUCAUUUUCCACUGACCUCAUGGCUGAUAAUAUCUGUAGCCAAUAUUCCAUCUGAAUAUGUUCCAGCUCAUCGGAUGUUACAUCAUCAGGUUAACAGAUAUGGAGAUCUACACCAGGAUUUGGAGAAGUGUCACAAUGGUUACUAAAAUUCUGAACUAGAAUUUUUAGGAAAGGUAGAUGGACUAUAAAGCAAUUGCCCAACAAACUGCUCAAGAAGUUCUCAGUUACAAUCAAGAUACAUCUGGCUGGAAAGUAGUUAAAAUUUCAGUAACUGUUUCUAGCAAGACUUCUAGAAGAUUCCAUGGAAAUAUAUACCGUGUUGAAGGGAUAAUUCCAGAAUCAACAGCUAAACUAUCUGAUUUCCUCUACCAACCUGCAAACAGAGUUACAUGGGAUAGAUCAUUGAAAGUGCAUAACAUGAUACACAGGAUUGAUUCGGAUACAUUUAUAUGUCAUACCAUUACACAAAGUUUUGCCAUGGGCUCAAUUUCCCCCCGAGACUUUAUUGACUUAGUAUAUAUCAAGCACUAUGCAGAGAAUAUGGACAUUAUCAGCUCUAAAAGUGUGGAUUUCCCAGGAUAUCCUCCCUCAUCAGAUUAUAUCCGUGGUUAUAAUCAUCCUUGUGGCUUCGUAUGUUCACCUCUGAAAGAAAACCCAGCAUAUUCCAAAUUAGUGAUGUUUGUGCAAACAGAAAUGAGAGGAAAACUGAUCCCAUCAAUAGUUGAAAAAACUAUGCCUUCCAACUUAGUGAGCUUCAUACUCAAUGCAAAAGAUGGAAUAAAGGUACACAGAGCUUCAUCAGGACACAGAUAUCUCAACGGUCAUUCAUCACUCCAAAAGAAUAACUGAAACCAUUCUGCCAUUAAAUCAUAGUGACAACAGACUGCAGAAACUUCUAGUAAGUGUAGUGUAGCCACUACUGCAGUUCACUUCUAGGUCAAAAUGUAAAAGUACUAUUAAGUAUUGUAGACAAUAUUCUUGUGCCAAUUCCUGAAGAUGCUUUAACAAAAUAAGAACUCAUUGUUGUAUAAGAAAAUAGCAUUAAAUAGAGCUGUUUGAUCUCACGUAAUGAUAUUAAAUAACAUGUGUUGUCACUAA